AUCAACCAUGGCCUUUCUAGUUGUUAUAGUAUCUGUUUUCUAUAUUGCAAUGGUUGUUGUAUGGGUUUCUCAGGUUUUCUUUAAAAUGAAUGAUCAAGAGGUUAAGGUUGAACAUCAGUCACCUCCUUUUGUAUAUGACGACUUCUCAGUAGAUCCUUCUGUCUUUCGAGAUUUGAAGGAAGUAGUAUCACUGAUUGAGAAUGGAGCAUAUAAAAGUGAAGUGAGGAAGAUAUACAGGGCUAUGAGAUUGACCAUGAAACUCAGGAGCAAACUAAAGGCUUCAUUACUCUCUGCUUUCCUGAACUAUGUUCUUGCCCCUGAUUCCGAGGUCCAUGAGCGGCUAUCUUCAUACCUGCCUCAGGAUAGGCAUGACACUCAAGUUGAUGUGGAAAUGCCUGCAACAGAAUCCAAACAUCUGUUGCCUGAAUUCGAGAUCUUUUGCUACUUGCUUGUUCUAAUAUUUCUGAUUGAUCAGAAGAAAUACAAUGAGGCUAAGGCUUGUUCCUCAGAAAGCAUUGUUCAUCUAAAAAGUAUGAAUAGUAUAACUGCUGAUGUUCUUGCAUCAAGACUCUACUUCUACUACUCUUUAAGUUAUGAACUUGCUGGUGAUCUUGCUGAAAUCCGAGGUAACUUGCUUGCUCUAUACCGGAGUGCAACAGUACACCAUAAUAAUUUUAGUCAGGAAACACUUCUUAAUCUGUUGUUGAGAAAUUACCUUCACUACAACUUAUAUGAUCAAGCAGAAAAAUUUUGUUCAAAGGCUCACCAAGUUGAAGCUCUUUCUAACCAACAGUAUUGCAGAUACCUCUUCUACCAGGGAAAGAUAAAGACAAUUCAGUUGGAGUAUACAGAUGCCAAAGAUUUUCUUCAAGCUGCCCAGAAAGGUCCAACAACUGCUGUUGGUUUCCAAAUACAAUGCAAUAAGUGGGCUGUUAUAGUCCAUUUAUUGCUUGGAGAGAUCCCUCAGAGGACUGUUUUUACACAGAAAAGAAUGGAAAAAGCACUGAGACCAUACUUUGAGCUGACAAAUGCUUUUCGCGUUGGAGAUCUAGAGUUACUCAGAAGAGUAGCUGAGAAAUUUUCCAGCACAUUCAGCCAAGACAGAACAAGUAACUUGAUUAUCAGACUCAGGCGUAAUGUCAUUCGGACAGGGCUCAGGAACAUCAGUGUCUCGUACACUCGCAUUUCACUGGCUGACAUUGCCAAGAAACUAAAAUUGGAUUUUGAAAAUCCAGUUGGUGAUGCUGAGAACAUUGUAGCCAAAGCAAUUCGAGAUGGUAUAAUUGAUGCCACAUUGGACCAUGCAAAUGGAUGGUUGGUAUCAAAGGCAACUGGAGAUGUUUACUCCACAUAUGAGCCUCAAAUUGCUUUUGACUCAAGAAUUGUCUUCUGUCUUAAUAUGCACAAUGAGGCUCUCCGUGCUCUUCGAUUUCCUCGAGAUUUGAGGAGUAAAGAAAGCGUAGCGACGUAGACAAAGGCUUUUAAUAGAACCAAAAUCUUGUAAAAUUAUCCUUUGGAUUUAAGUUAUACACACUCGAAUUUUUACGGUAUCAAUGCAAUUUAACUUGAAAUAGUAGGU